GAGCUGCUCCCGCUGCCCGUGUGGGGGCGGUCCUGGGCUUCCCACGCAUCACCCCCCGCCUCUGCAGUGGCACCCCGGAGCAGGGCAGCGUCGCCCCGCGUCUCGGCCCCACUGCAGCGGCCUGCGGGACUGCCUUGGUGCUGCGGCUGCAGGAGCUGCGGCUGCAGGAGCUGCGGCAGCCCGGGCUGCAGCCUUGGCGCUCUGCGGACCGGACGAGAGGGCGCGGGAGCAGGCGAUCUGGGCAGCGUCGCCGCGUCCUAUCCGCGCUCCCUUCCGCAUCCCCGCCCCUCGUUCGCGCCUCCUCCGGGGCUGAGAGUGAGGUACGCCGCCCGCCGCACACUGCGGCAGCGCCGGGUCCGGGACUGCCCGUGGGAGGCACACCCACCUCUCCCGGCCGCACCCCUGCGCAGCAGCAUGUCCGCGCUCGAGUGGUACGCCCACAAGUCUCUGGGCGAUGGCAUCUUCUGGAUUCAAGAACGCUUCUACGAGUCGGGCAACCGCGCCAACAUCUGGCUGGUGCGCGGCUCGGAGCAGGACGUGGUGAUCGACACGGGCCUGGGGCUGCGCAGCCUCCCGGAGUACCUCUACUCCUCCGGCCUCCUGCAGGACUGCGGGGCGAAGGAGGAUGCGGGGCGCCGGCCGCUGCUGGCCGUGGCCACCCACGUGCACUUCGAUCACUCGGGCGGCCUCUACCAGUUCGACCAGGUGGCUGUGCACCGCGCCGAGGCCGAGGCCCUGGCUCGCGGGGACAACUUUGAGACCGUGACCUGGCUCUCUGACAGCGAGGUGGUGCGGGCCCCCAGCCCCGGCUGGAGGGCCAGGCAGUUCCGAGUGCCGGCAGUGCAACCCACCCUCAUUCUGCAGGAUGGGGACGUGAUCAACCUUGGUGACAGACAGCUCACUGUUAUGCACAUGCCAGGUCACUCGAGAGGCAGUAUUUGCUUACAUGACAAAGACCGGAAGGUUCUCUUCAGUGGCGAUGUGGUGUAUGAUGGCUCCCUGAUUGACUGGCUCCCGUACAGCAGGAUAAGCGACUAUGUUGGGACUUGUGAACGUCUCAUAGAAUUAGUGGACUCAGGUCUCGUGGAGAAGGUGCUUCCCGGGCACUUCAAUACCUUUGGUGCUGAAAGGCUUUUUCGUUUAGCUUCUAACUACAUUUCAAAAGCUGGGAUAUGCCACAAAGUGUCUACUUUUGCCAUGAGGUCUCUGGCAAGUUUGGCCCUCCGUGUGACAAACUCCAGGACCUCCCCUUAGUGUCUGUCCUGAUCCUUUGUUGGCGUUAACUGUGUAAAUUAACUCGGUUCCCUUGUGUUAUUUAAUAGUGAGCAUUUCAAAAAGUGCUUUUAUAUAACCAUAUUGUAUAUUAGAGAAAAAGAGGAUUAAGAAUGAGGAAGCCAAAAACAAAACAAAACAAAAAACAAAAGUAGCUGUCUUAGCGUCGUAUGUUUUUCUUUUUUCCAAGGAAGAAGCCAGCUGGUCAGUGCUUUCAUUUCAGAGCGUUUGCUCUGUAAAUGCUGUGGGGUGAUCUGGGCAGCAGGGAUGCACUCACCGCAGCGCAAAACCUGCCCAUGCUCCUCCUUGGUGCACUUCCCGGGAUGCCUAGGGGGAACCAAAUGGAGUUCUGGGCUUGCCCUUCACACCCGAUUCUGUGUCCAUGUUUUAUUUAAAGAUAAAAUUUCUUGGGUUUAAAAAUAAAGUAGAACUCAAUAUGAAUUAGCAUUAGGAUGACAGCUAAAACAUCCCAUAUUUGUGACCCUGGAUUUUAUGCCUCUUUUUUAUUUUUUCUUAUUCUUUGUAUAAGACAUAACGUGAUAUAUAAUUUAACUUACAAACAGUACAAUGAAUUUUGUUGUCUUGUUGCAAAGCUUUAAAUCUAAACUGUGGAGUGCUUCAGUAAAACACUACUGUCUGUUGUUUGUUAUUGUGUAAGUAAUAUUUCAGUCAUGAAAGUGAAAUUCAAACGUAUGUAACCUAACUUCAGAUUGUCAGAUUUCUUAAAAGGACACUGUCAGGCAAAUUUGAAAAUAUACACAUUGAGAAUAAUUUUUUAUUAUAUCCUAUUUUAGUAUUAAUAGCUAAUAUAAACAAAAUUUUUCUGGUUAAAUAGCAACUUCAGUAUUGUGUCAUGUUUUACAGUACCAAAACAAUUCCGGAUAUCUAUGACAUCUUAAUGUAAACCAUUCCUUUGAUUGAUAUGACAUGUAUAUGUACCACAGAAGAAUUUUUAAAUGAAUUGCCAUGUAUGUAUUAUCUACUGACUAGUGCAAAUGGCCUUCUUAUCCUGAUUCACAACACCUGUCCCUGCUCAGCGUCCCUUGUCAUGAAUUAAAACAAGUCUGUGCUCAGACAUCAUAGGAAACAUUAAACCACUAUUCAGUGAUACUAGGUAAAGUGUUUGGGUUCGGUGCUUUUAAUAAUAAUUUAUCAAAAAGUCUUUUGGAAUAUUUCAUAAAAGUUUUUAAAACAGUUUCCCACUACAUUUUUAUUAUUGACAUGUUAUUACUGAUAUUCUAGAUCAAACAGAUCCACUUUUGGAAACCAGAUCUUUUAAUAUUAGGAAAAAACAGCAAUUCUUAUUUCUGUCAAGUUAUGUAACAUUUUACCCUACAAACACCCAGGUUCUUCAGGUUUUUUUUAUUCUUUCAGUAGGCAAACAUUCACGAAUGUGAGUGCACACAGUCAUACACAUACAUACACACAGCCACACAAGUACAUACACACAGCCACACACAUACAUACACACAGCCACACAAGUACAUACACACAGCCACACACAUACAUACACACAGCCACACAAGUACAUACACACAGCCACACACAUACCUACACACAGUCACACACAUACCUACACACAGUCACACAUACAUAUACACACAUACAUACACAUAAUCACAGACAUACAUAUACACAAUCAUACACAUACAUAGAGUCACACACAUACAUACACAGUCACACAUACAUAUACACACACACACAUACAUACAUACACACAGCCACACACAUACAUACACAGUCACACACAUACCUACACACAGUCACACAUACAUAUACACACAUACAUACACAUAAUCACAUACAUACAUAUACACAAUCACACACAUACAUACAUACAGUCACACACAUACAUACACACAGUCACACACAUACACACACAGUCAUACACAUACAUACACACAGUCAUACACAUACCUACACACAGUCACACAUACAUAUUCACACAUACAUACACAUAACCACAUACAUACGUAUACACAAUCACACACAUACAUACAGUCACACACAUACAUACACAGCACUGUGCUCAACAAUGCAGGAGGUUUGAAAGUGAAAAAACACAUUUUAGCUGGAUGUUAAAGGCUACAAAACCCAAAAAAUAAUUUAGGCAAGUUGAAGUUAAUAUAAAUUAUGCUUAAAUAUAAAGGAUAUAAGGAAAAGGGUGUGAAGUAGGGUACGGGGAAAUGCCCUGGAAAAGGGGAUUUUUGAGUCAGAAUUGGAGGGAAGCUGGGAACGAUAUGAGCCUCAGGUUUUAAGAAUUGCUAGAUGGAUUAGCCUAUUCCUUGUGACUAUAUAAAUUUAAUUUUCUGGAGUCUCAUUUAUUCUUAGUACCAAGUAUUUAGCAUGAAUAAGAUGGGUUUGUGAUUGUAUAUGUGAUUGCAUAUGCAUAUGUUCUUAAAGGCAUAUGAACUGAGUGAUUACAUGCCACCACGUAAACCUUUGCUUAGAGUCAGAAAGGAGGCCAUGAUUGGCUCAGAUAUGGAGUAUCAUGAAGUCUGUCAUGGUCUUCAAGACAGUGAGUCUGUUUCAACUGAUGACACAGUACUGAGAAUUGAGAUUGGUUCAGGGCAACUACAGUCAAUAAGCCUUAAAUAUAGUCAUUAUUUUUGUAUCAGCAGCACAAAAUAAAGCCAAAAGUCCUUAAUCAUUGACUAUUUUAUCAUAUUUUAGUAUUUAUUUAAAAUCAGGAUAGAGUAGGCGUUAAACUUUAUUAGGAAAAAUUUAUUCCUGAUAAGAUGUUUCUCCCUAUUUAUUAAAAGUGCAAUUUUCAGUAUAGGUUGAUAUUUUUGUUGAUUUCCCUAAUCUUUCAGUUUUUCUAAUUAUAUUGCAGUGUAAGAUUGUGAUAUUUCAGUAUUGCUACCAUGUGAAAAAUAUGAAAGUAAAUUCAUGCUCAUUUAGUAUUCAUGGUAGGUUGUAAAUGUGUACCCUGGUUCCAGCACUGGGGGUAACUGACCAGUGUCAUACAGCAUGGACUAGGAACAAUGUCUGCUAGCAAACUGUGCCCUCUCUAAACCUGCACAAUCCAUAGAAUUGGCCACAUAUAUUUUUACUUUCCAAUACAUCACACAUGUGAAGAAUAAAUCAAAUAAUAUUAAAUCCUAAUAGCAUAUUUAGAAAAUGCAAAAAUAUAUUUUCACCCUGACAGUGACCCUAGAGUUAUGAUUUUUGGAAAUAGAAUAUUGUAAAUGUAACUCAAAGUUGUCAAAAUGUUAGACAUUUCAAAAAAAUUUUCUUGUUUAUAUUGUUGAUAAUGAGCUCGUGGACUUUCACUUUCUUUAUUUAAUUAAUGUCUCCUUUAAACUGAAAAGCUUAAAACAAACUGAAACCUUGUGUGCUAUGCUGAUGUAGUUGAAUAAAUGGUAUGUGUAUUUGUUCUUAUAUGGAUAGUAAUAUGAAUGUGACAUGCACAAAUUGUCCUAUAAUUUUCUGAUAAGUGUAUGUAAACAUUGGUGUGGUAACUAUUAAAGUGCCCAUUUAUUUCA